AUGACGAAGAUGGAGAAAGAGAGCAACCUUCAGGUUACUUUCUCAAAACGACGCGUAGGCCUUUUCAAGAAGGCAAGUGAGCUCUGUACGCUUACCGGCUCUGAAGCGGCCGUCGUUGUUUUCUCUCCGGGCAACAAGGCCCACUCCUUCGGCCACCCUGAUGUUCACACCGUUGCCAACAAACUCCUGGCCCCAAAUUCUUCGCCUGGUGAUGUUGCUAAUCGGUCGAAUCAUGUAUUUCAGCAGGGUUCAACCAGGAACAGCGAAAACGAGCUCAAAUAUCUUGCAGAGGUUGAGAGGCAGAUAGAAGCAGAAAGAGCGAGGGGAGAAGAGAUAGAGAGGAUGAGAAAGGCUUGUGAGAAGGAGAAAUGGUUUCCAUCCGCGGACGUGAUUGAGGGACUGAGCUAUCAACAGCUUGAGCAUCUGAAAGGGGCUGUCGUGGAUUUCGGCAAGAAUCUUGAAACCCAGGUGGGGAGGCGCGGAGUUGGCCCUGGAGGUGGAGAGGGUUUCCUGUUUGGUGCCGGUGCUUCAUCCGAACAUGCUGCUGUGUUUCAGUAUAAUACUGUGAUUCCAUAUGAUCAGGGGGCAACCAGGGCUGGUGAAGAAGACAUGUCUCAGGACUUCAACGCUGGCUAUGGCCCUGGGCAUUUCUGA